AUGUGUGACGCUUUGGCGAGUCCUGCAAUCUACUCUGUCGCGCAGAUGCUUGGGUCCAGCCUACCUGUGUCGCAAAUUCCUGUCCGCACCCCAGAAGCAAAAUCCAGGGUUGCCUCUAACGGUACUCCAGUCAAGGGCAAGAGCCGCCUCCCGAUUCCUUCUGGAACUCGACCUGGUCGUAGACACACAUUCGGCGAGGUUGGCAAUAGUCUUUCUGGCGACUGCACGGAUGUUAUAACCCCAGGUGUUUCCAGAGCGACUGCUCAGCUCAAGAGUGGGCUUGUUCCUGCGUCACGGACUUAUGGCACGCCUGGGAGGAUUCGACACACGCGACAAAGAUCCAUACCGAAGUCACCCAAGGCAGUGUUCCGAUCGUCCCUUGAUCAAGCCUUCGUUUUCCCCGUGUUAUCCGAGACACCACGUUCUAUUCCUAAUGCUGUUCCUCGCUGUGCCAAGCCCUAUGUCAGGUCCAAGGUCCGAACGUCUCUAUCGCCUAGCAAACCCCCUCAGAUGAGCAGUUCUGUUCCUCCUACGGCUUCUAUUCCUCUCGAACUCAAUAUUUCAAAUCCUGCUUCUGUCUGCAUCCCUACUGCACCAUCUGUGCAUCCACUUGGAAAACCCCUGCUUAUACCCACACCGUCUUUCCUCGCAGUUCAGAAGUCGGAUUCAUUUAUCAGUACUCGAUCUUUGCCCCGUUCUGUUACACUCCGCUCCAGCUUGACCUAUCGUCCCGCUCCAGCCCAGUCUUCUUUGCUUUUGGCGACCCCUUCCUUUGCUGCGAUGAAAACCUCAAAAUCCAACACCACGAUACUAUCGUUUCUAGGUGCUCAGAACACUCGUCUAGAUGCUUCUAUGCGCUGCACGAACCCCCUGGGCCGUUCUCUGGGCGAGACUAUAGAAGAAGCUGGUCAGGCACAGACUAUACCAGUAGCUACUCCGGGCGCAAAUUCUGAUGAGGCCAGGCAGAAGAACAACAUUCUUCCGAUGCAAAGUUUGAGUAUGCCACAAGACAUGAUGGAUACUCUUCAGUCUUUGGAGAAUAUAGCUGUGACGAUCAGGAAUCUUCCUCGGCCCGAGUUACCAACAUUGGUAGAAGGUGUUGCGUUGGCCGCUGAUCCUCAUGGAUCAACACCACAGGAGGCUAUCAGUUCAUGUGCAUAUCUGCAAUCGGAGGAGCAUGUAGCAAUUCGGACCACUACCGACUUAUCGCGAAUUAAGGAUAAGCCAAACUUUUCACUUCCUUUCCGUGCAGCUUGCAUAACCCAUGACAGAUCAGCGGCGGAUUCGCAUUACGAGAUGCCAUCGCAGGUCGAAUCUACCGAGAUUAUCAAGCCAGUCUGUACGUCCAAGCCGCCGCGAGUUCGACGUAUCAGCAUUGGUCGUGUAAUUUCAAUUCACGUCCCCGCGGCGAAGAGCAAGAUACCCUCCCUGCCUGUCACCCCACGAGCAGCGAGUGCUGGUGCUAGGGAUGCGACCAAUAAAGCAUCACCACCCUCCCGGCUGCCUACGCUAGGGCCACCUCCUAAACGUCGUCAAAACAUAUUCAAGUCUGUCCUUCGAUCCAGACAUUCGGACCCUCCUAUGCCAACCAAGUCUCUGGAGGAGCUUACACCGAGAUCCAAUGUUGCGAAGCGCAUGCGGGCGACUAUUCCAAGCGUUGCGUUCGGCACAUGGAAAUUGGGCGGGGGACAAUCAGCGACUACACAUGUCGACCAAGCCCUAUCUGUUGGCUUCAACCAUGUUGACACUGCGCAAUCCUACAGGAAUGAGUUGGAGGCAGGUACCGCCAUUCGCGAGAGCGGUCUUGCUCGUGAAGACUUGUUUAUUACCACGAAAUACUCCGGCAUGGCGGACAUAGACGUCUCCAUCCAUAACAGCCUCGACUAUUUGGGUCUCGAAUAUGUGGAUUUAUAUCUGAUUCACAACCCCCGGUUGGCGGUCCCGGAUAUACCGACCAUUUGGUCUAGGAUGGAGAAGAUUCAGGAGGCUGGCUUGACGAAGAGCAUCGGUGUUAGUAACUUCAAUGUACCUCAGCUUGAAACGCUCCUCGCGUCUGCCAAAAUCAAGCCUGUAGCAAACCAGAUUCUCUUUCACCCAUACGUACUCAAUUCCCAGAUGCCCAUUGUUGAGUAUGGAAACCAAAACGGCAUCGUGAGCGAGGCGUACAGUGUUCUGAUACCGCUUACUUCUCAGCCCGGCGGUCCAGUCGACAAGCCUGUGCAGGACAUUGCUACCCGCCUGAAUGCAAAGCCAGAACAGGUCCUACUCGCAUGGGCGAAAGCCAAGGGAGUCGUGGUCGUAACCGCUAGCACAAAACGGGAGCGGUUAGAGGGAUACCUGGCUGCCGGAGAUCUCGAACUGACGGACGAAGAUAUUGCAUCGAUUGAUGCCGCUGGGAGUCAGGGUGAGCGCCGACUGACCGCACGCACUUUCCUGCGUCGUGCUGCCAUCGCUGCUCUCGUCGGGGCUGGGGUCCUAGGCGCCUGCAGCUACUUGGGGAUCCAUAUAUUAUAA